GCAGGUGUUGGGACAGAAACUCAUAAAUAAGACUUGGGGAGAGGAGGAGAAGAGGUUGAGGAAAACAUGCAGACAGAGCGAGAAUGAGAUAGAAACUAAAUCAAAGAGUGGUCAGAAAGAAAGAGCGAGAGAGAGAGAACGAGUGAGAGAGAAAUAUGAGUGAAAGAGAGGCAAGCUGGAAGAGGGAUCUGCAUUUUAAGUAGCUAGAGACAGACAGCGAUUGUUUUGUUUUUUUAUGUUUUAUGCCUUUUUUUCUCUCCUCCACUCCUCCUCCUCCUCCUCCUCCGGCUCCUGCUCCUUGUGUGAGGCUGAACAGAGGGGAUCAGAAGAAAAGGAGCUGGGACUCGGACGGAUAAUCUCACCCAGUUUCCCUGCCCAAGCGUCCCGCCUGCGGAAGGCAGCGGCAGCAGCGGCAGCGUCUGAAGAGGAACAGAAAGAGAGGGAGCGAGGAAAAGAGAGGGAGCGAGGGAAAGAGGGAGCGAGAGAGAAAACCAGGAGGAACACAAGGCAGUCAUGGAUACCAUAGUGCCUCAGCCAGACACUUGGAUGGCCCGGAUUUGCACAUUGUCGUUGGCUUCUGUCCAGCCCAGCAGCUACUGAUACCAAUGAGCUCCCAUGCAGCGUCUCAGCCAUGCACCCUGGGUAUGGAUUCUCCCCUCUGCCUGACUUCCAGCCUCACCUCCACGCCUUCCACUACCGCCGAGAGAGCCCCGACAUGUGGAUCCCGGGCUCAGGCGAGCCCCAGGCUUUGAGUGAGCCCCGGGAGGGAAGGCCCCUGCUCCGGCAGCGCCACCAACACCAACACCAACACCACCAGCAGCAGCAGCACCACCACCAACACCAGCAGCAGCACCACCACCACCACCACCAGCACAUUGCCGUGUGCCAGCAAGAGACUCUGGCCUUCAUCGACCUGCCUCCACCGGCCGACACCAAUGGCUACUUGGCCUCGCUGGACGUUACGUCGUCGCGCUUGGUGGCCUGCCCCAGGCCGCCGAGAAGAGACUCGAAGGGCUCGGCCGCAGCAGGCCUGUGCCGCAAGAGCAGCAGCAGCAGCAGCAGCGGCGACGCCGCCACCGACACCGAGCCCAACCACGAGGGCUCGGACUCCGGCCUGGACGUUCGAAACAGCCACGCCGAGACGCGCCGCGCCCACAAGUCGGACGCCGAGAGCCCCGUGCUGGGCAUCCUGCGGGCGCCACCCACGUCCCUGUUCCUGCCCCUCAACCCCUACCCUGGCGCCGGGGACGUGUUCGAGCCCCAGCAGCCCGGCUCUCCGUCCUCACCCGCGGGCUCGGAGGGGCAGGACCAGUGGCGCCCCCACAGGCGCUUGUCCCCGAGCUCCGUGAAGGAGAAGUCCAUCCGGCGUAAGAUGCGCGUGUACUCCAGGGACAGCCUGAGCGACGAGUCCCUGAGCAGCCCGGUGCUGGAGUGCGACUACCUCUUCCCCGGCUCCUUCGAGUCCUUCCUGGAGGAGGAGCUGGGCACGGUGGGCUCCACCCUCUCCCGCCCGCUCUCGGGCCUCUCCUCCACCGACGUGUCCAGCGGCGCCCCCACGCCCCCGUCACUCUCCCUGGCCGCCUCCUCGUCGCAUCUCCCCGAGGAGGACGACACCGUCCAGAGCGAGGCCUCCAUGGAGUCCGCACUGCUGACCCCUGGAUCAGGAGGAGGAGGAGGAGGAGGAGGAGGAGGAGCGUCGCACCUGUUCCACGCUCGCGGCCAGACCUCGGUGGCGGCGGACCCCGAGCGCAGGCGCUUCUCGGCCUCGGAGCUCAUCUCCCGGCUGCAGCUGUCCCAGAGGAAGAACUCCUUCACGCUGAAGCUGGGCAAGUCGCUGUCCGCCCGCGUGGCCUCGCGGGACCGCCAGCCCGCCGGCUACCUCAGCGCUGACUAUAAACCCAGCUCCAAGCAGCGCUCGUCUGGGGGGUCCACAGACAGCGCUCCCCACAGCCCGGUGGGCUCUACUCCCACACUGCCCUCUGCUGACUGGAACCCGCCACUGCAGCGCCGCAGUGCAAAGCACAGCAUGAGGAAAGACUCCAUCGAGGAAGAUGGAGAUGCCCACACUAACAUGCGUAGCACUCACCGCCUGUCUCGCUUCCUGCCAAGCUCCAUCCUGUACCAGGAGUACAGUGACGUUGCCAUCAAUCGGGAAAUCCAGCGUCAGCAAGGGGCGGAGCCCGGCACUGAGGAGUACCGCACGGGGGACACUCCGUCUCCUAGCAACCUGUCCCCGUCCAGCUCCUUCCGCUCGUCCCGGGGCUCGGCGUUCUCGCUGUGGCAGGACAUCCCGGACGUGCGCACCAGCGACCAGCUGGACAACUUCAGCAACGAGGAGCGCAAACUUCAAGAGGCCAAGUUUGAACUGGUGACGUCCGAGGCGUCGUACAUCCGCAGUCUGACCAUCGCGGUGGACCACUUCAUGAUGUCCCAGGAGCUGGCUGAGUGUCUGGGAGUGCAGGACAGGCAGUGGCUGUUCUCCAAGCUCCCCGAAGUCAAGGACGUCAGCGAGAGGUUCCUGCAUGAUCUGGAACAGAGGUUAGAGGGGGACAUUCUACGCUUUGAUGUGUGCGACAUCGUCCUGGAUCACUGUCCAGCCCUGCGCAAGGUCUACCUCCCCUAUGUCACCAACCAGGCCUACCAAGAGCAGACCUAUCAGCGGCUACUGCAAGAGAACCAGCGGUUCCCUGGGAUCCUGGCGCGUCUGGAAGAGGACCCCAUCUGCCAGCGGCUUCCUCUCACCUCCUUCCUCAUCCUGCCCUUUCAGCGCAUCACCCGCCUCAAGAUGCUGGUGGAGAACAUUCUAAAGAGGACGACGCCAGGCUCGCGCGAUGAGGACACGGCCACGAAGGCCUUUAACGAGUUGAAAAAGCUGAUAAAGGAAUGCAACUCCAGCGUGCAGUCCAUGAAGAGGAUGGAGGAGCUUAUUCAUCUCAAUAAGAAGAUUCACUUUGAGGGCAAGAUCUUUCCCUUGAUCUCUCAGUCUCGCUGGCUGGUAAAGCAUGGUGAACUGCUGGAGGUGGACACGCAGACCAUGAGUAUAUCCGGGUCAAAGUUCAAGCUGCCCACCCGACCCGUUUACCUGCAUCUGUUCAACGACUGCCUUCUGCUCUCCCGGAAGAAGGACACUUGGAAGUUCAUGGUGUUUGUCCAUGCGAAAAUCGCCGAGUUGCGAGUGAAGGAUCUGAGUCAGAAACUGCAGGGCAUCACCGGCUUCCUCUUCUACCUGCAGCUGUACGACGGUCAGCAGCUCAAACACCAGAUCCUGCUCAAGUCCCACACCGAGAGUAAUAAACAGCGAUGGAUCUCUGCCAUGGUUCCUUCUGAAGCAAAGACCUCCCUUGAACAGGCCAUUGAGAAUGAUGAUAUUUCUCAGGUUCAGUGUAUAAAGAGUUACCAGGCUCAAGAACACGAUGAGUUAACACUGGAGAAGGCUGACAUCCUUCAAGCCAAGACCAUUACAAGUGAUGGCUGGGUGGAGGGAAUAAGGCUGUCUGAUGGUGAGCGGGGCUGGUUCCCCAAGAGCUACGUGGAGGAGAUCACGAAUCGCAGCGCCCGCUUGCGCAACUUGCGAGAGAACAUUCGCAUCAAGUGUGUCACCCAGAAACUGGAAGAGGAAGUCCUGUGAAAGGGCUCCUCAUGGACACCCUUCACUUCAUUCAGCACACCUUGGUUAAUGACUAGCUUCUCUCUCUCUCUCUCACACACACACACACACACACACACACACACACAUACACACACACACACAUACACACACACGCACACAUACACACACACACACACACACACACACAUACACACACAUACACACAUACACACACACACACACACACACACACACACACACACACACACACACACACACACACACACACACACACACACACACACACACACACACACACACACACACACACACACACACACACACACACACACCAAGACUAGACAAGCUAAUUAGGUCUUCCUAUAAAGGUCCAUCCUUUGCAACAAGAGCUCAUUUUCAAGAAGAUGGAGUCACAACAUGAAGUCCACUCGGCGAGGCCACUUAGAGACUCAGUGGGAGCACUGACUUCCUGCAUCAGCUUGAGCGAAACCAUGGAAACCACUCUAUUUGCAUGCGGUGCAGUAGGAAUACUAAAUAUCUUGCUGUUGCGGUCGCUUAUGUGUGCACCUUGGGGGACGGACACUCUGCGUCAUUGGAGCUAAGAAUCUUUGCCUAUCCAGAUUACCUGACAUCAGCUUGGUGAUUUUACUACUCUGGCAUGAGGCAGGGGGAAGACAUUCAUGUCCUACGAUAGCUUUUUGAUUUUCCGUUAUUGUGUAAAAAGAAUCUAAUCAUUAAGGACUCAUUUUAAUGUGUAGCUUUAGGGAAGUGUGGUACGCAGAAGAACACACUCUGUGUUUCUGCAGCCGUUGCAUGGAUCUUUGGCCUUGGUGCUUUUGUUUCUCUGCUACGCCAGUCGCCACCACUUAAAAACACAGGAUGUGUUGUUCAUCUUGCAUGGCUGUUGCCUCUCAAGCACUGAGGCUGAAACCACCCGAUCAGUCCAUGAAACCACUCCUAGGGUGCUCAUACAAUACAAGUCAUACAAUGGCAUAGUCUACUCAGACAUUCACUAAGGUAAAUGCCAUGCCUGUAUUCUGCACAGUGUCAAGUUUUGUUGAAGAAUGCAAUGGCACGUUUUCCUUUUUACAACACCUAAUUGUUCAUUUAACAUGUUGCUUUUGCACCAUGGAUAUUUGUAAAUGUUCCCAGAGAUGCUUCUCAUCAUUUGAGAUGAGUUCCUUUUAAAGUCUGUAGAUGUACUUACAUAAUAGAUAUAUAGCGAUUAAGUUGCAGGUCAAAUUAUACCCAUUAUUUAUGAAUAAAAAGAACGUUUCAACCAUGCCAAGCUGAUAUUUUUGUAACUUUGACAAGGGAGUCAAGCACUAAAUGAUCAAAUGCUGAAUGUGUUCCAUUAUUAACUAACGAUGACAUGAAUUCUACAUGCUCAGCUGUGUCUAUGUAUCAAUAGCACAUACAUACUUUGCAAUAA